AGUAGCAGGGAAGGAGGCUGCCUUGCUGCACCCCCACCCGACCCACAGAGCCUAUUCUGUUCAGCUAGGUCUUGAAUUGUGAAGCUGCUGGCUGUUCUCUCAGCAGCUUCACGUCGCAGCUCCCGGCAAACAUAUUUGGGUCUAUGUAGUCUUUGGGUUAAGGAAAAACAGCAUCCCUCGCGCAGACUAUGGUUGUUUUACAGUAAAUGGAGGUUCCCAGACACUUAAUCGGAUUCUUACAAAUGUAGCCAUAGGCAGACAGCUGGGUAACAGUGUCUGAUCAUGAUCGUUAGAUAGCAGCGACAACAGUGAAAAUGGCUCCCCGAAAGAGGAAUCGUCAAAUCUGGGGGGUUCUCUGCUGCUUUAGAGGUAGUGACUACCCAGAGAUAAACCUCAGGGAUACCUGCCCCCUCCAGUUCAUGGAGUUUUCUAUGCCAAUUCCAGCAAAUGAUGAACUCAAUGCCAGAUUUUCAGAGCUUGUGGAUGAACUGGAUCUCACUGAUAAAAACAGAGAAGCUAUGUUUGCACUUCCACCUGAGAAGAAAUGGCAGAUCUACUGCAGCAAGAAGAAGGAGCAAGAAGACCCAAAUAAGUUAGCCACCAGCUGGCCAGAUUACUACAUUGAUCGCAUCAACUCCAUGGCUGCAAUGCAGACUGUCUUUGCUUUUGAUGAAGAAGACAUGCAAAUGAGAAAUAAAACAGUGGAAGAUCUAAAGACAGCUCUACGAACACAGCCAAUGAGGUUUGUCAUCAGAUUUAUCGAGCUGGAUGGACUAACAUGCCUUCUGAAUUUCCUCAAGAGCAUGGACUAUGAGACUUCAGAGAGCCGGAUACACACAUCCGUUAUAGGAUGUAUUAAGGCACUGUGCAACAAUUCACAGGGGAGGGCACAUGUUUUAGCUCACCCUGAAAGUAUCAAUAUCAUCUCACAGAGUUUAAGAACUGAAAACCUGAAGACAAAGAUUGCAGUACUUGAGAUAUUGGGUGCUGUUUGCCUGGUCCCAGGAGGGCAUAAAAAAGUGCUUCAAGCAAUGUUGCAUUAUCAAGUUUAUGCAGCGGAAAGGACACGAUUUCAGACGAUACUGAAUGAGCUGGACCGAAGCAUGGGAAAGUACCGGGAUGAAGUGAACCUCAAAACUGCCAUAAUGUCUUUCAUCAAUGCGGUGCUGAAUGCUGGUGCAGGAGAGGACAGCCUAGAGUUUCGAUUGCACCUUCGAUAUGAAUUUCUUAUGCUAGGAAUUCAGCCUGUGAUUGAUAAGUUAAGGGCACAUGAAAAUGCAAACCUUGACAGGCAUAUUGAUUUCUUUGAAAUGGUCAGAUAUGAAGAUGAACACGAACUUGCCAAGCGGUUUGAAAUGGUGCACAUUGACACCAAGAGUGCUUCACAGAUGUUUGAACUAAUCAAAAAGAAAGUAAAUCACACAGAUGCUUACCCUCAUUUGUUAUCAAUACUGCAUCACUGCUUGCAGAUGUCACUUAAACGCAGUACAGAAUAUCUACAGCAGUGGCAGCUCGUUGACAGGAUCUUGCAGCAGAUUGUGUUGCAGGAUGAGAAAGGGGAGGACCAAGACGUCAUGCCGUUGGAGAACUUUAAUGUGAAGAACAUCAUUAAGAUGCUGGUACAUGAAAAUGAGGUCAAGCAAUGGAAGGAGCAAGCUGAGAGAUUUCGAAAAGAGUAUGCAGAGUUAUUGGGGAAACUAGAGAAGAAGGAGAGGGAGUGUGAGACCAAAACACGUGAAAAGGAUGAUAUGAUGAAAACAUUGAAUAAGAUGAAGGACAAACUGCAGAAGGAAUCGCUGGACCUACGCCUUGCCCGUGAGCAAGUGGUUGAUCUAGCAUCUAGGCUCAAUGAUCUUGUGCAAGGGGGUGUUGUAUUUUCACCACCUCUUUCUCCACCAGGUGGUCCACAUCUUUCAUCUGUAAAACCAGCUCCACAAAGUUUGUCAUUGAUGCCUCCACCACCACCUCCUCCAAUUUCCUGUCCUCCUCCCCCUCCUCCACCUCCACUCCCUCCUCCACCUCCUCAUGGUGGACCACCUCCCCCACCUGGUGCACCCCCAUUCUUUAGCUCUGGAGUGCACAGUCUUCCUCCAGAAACAGUAAGCAGUGGAGCAAGCUUGAAGAAAAAAUAUAUUCCACAGCCAUCCCAUCCUCUGAAGUCCUUCAACUGGUCCAAAUUAGGAGAGAGUAAGAUCAAUAGUACCAUCUGGAAUGAAAUUGAUGACACAAAUGCUUUCAAGGUACUGGAUUUGGAAGAUUUUGAAAAAAUGUUCUCAGCUUAUCAGAGGCAGCAGAAAGAGACUGGUUCCAUUGAAGACCUGUAUCUGUCAAGCCGGAAGAUUAAAGAGCUUUCAGUGAUUGAUGGAAGGAGGGCCCAGAACUGUGUUAUACUGCUCUCAAAGUUAAAGUUGUCAAAUGAGGAGAUAAAGCGAGCAGUCCUACAAAUGGAUGAACAGGAGGACCUGGCAAAGGAUAUGCUAGAGCAGCUGCUGAAGUUUGUUCCAGAGAAGAGUGACAUAGAUCUUCUGGGAGAGCACAAGCAUGAAAUUGACCGUAUGGCUCGUGCAGACAGGUUCCUGUAUGAAAUGAGCAGAAUUGAUCACUAUCAACAGAGGCUACAGGCACUGUUCUUCAAAAAGAAGUUUGCUGAGAGACUUGCAGAAGCCAAGCCUAAAGUCAAAGCUAUUCUCCUGGCCUCCAAGCAAGUAUGCCAGAGCAAAUGCCUGAAGAAGAUUCUGGAAGUGGUGCUGGCAUUUGGUAACUACAUGAAUAAGGGCCAGCGAGGGAAUGCUUUUGGGUUUAAGAUCUCAAGCCUGAACAAAAUAGCAGAUACAAAGUCCAGCAUUGACAGGGGCAUUACCAUGUUGCACUAUUUAAUUAUGAUAUUAGAGAAGAAAUACCAAGAGAUCCUAAAUAUUCCUUCUGACCUACAGCAUGUGCCUGAAGCAGCAAAAGUCAACUUAACUGAACUGGAGAAGGAGGUGAACAACAUCAAGAAUGGACUAAAAGCCAUUGAGUCUGAGUUGGAAUACCAGAGAAGUCGAAUUCAGGAACCAGGUGACAGAUUUUUACCUGUCAUGAGUGAUUUUAUCACAGUGGCUAGCUUCAGUUUCUGUGAACUAGAGGACCUGCUAAACGAGGGCAGAGACAAGUAUGCCAAAGCCCUGAAGCAUUUCGGAGAGGAUGAGGGCAAAAUGCAGCCAGAUGAGUUUUUUGGCAUCUUUGACACAUUCCUGCAGUCCUUCACAGAGGCAAGACAAGAUCUGGAGAACAUGAGGAAGAAGAAAGAGGAAGAGGAACGCAGGGCGCGGAUGGAAGCAAUGCUAAAAGAGCAGCGUGAAAAGGAAAAACGCAUGAAGAAAGACAAAGUUGGCAACAUUUCAGAAGAGGGAGGAGAAUUUGAUGACCUUGUCUCAGCCCUUCGAUCUGGUGAAGUUUUUGACAAGGAUUUAUCUAAACUGAAACGCCAGAGGAAACGUUCAGGGAAUCAGGUCUUGGAAACGAGUAGGGAACGGGCUGUGACCAAGUUAAAUUAUUAGCAGUGGCAACUCAUUACAAUAUAAAAAAGAAGAAUCAAUUUACUGAGGGCCUUAAAAAAGGACAUCUAUUUUUAAGAAAUGCAGCUACAAACCGAUUAACUAAUUAACAUGAAAAAAGUUGUAUAGAACAGAAACAGCAUUAAUUUCAAAUUGUCUUUGAAGGUUGGCCAAGCCUCCUCAUAAAAGCCAUGGGAUAUGCAGUAGUCUGAUUGCAAUACAUUUAAGCUGGAUCUGGGUCAAAGAGGUCUGUUUGUGGAACCUAGUUAAAAGAACUGUGGAUGCCUUCCUUAUGCUUGGCUAAGUUUUGCCAAAAGCAAGCUAACUCUACAAAUAACGCAUGCUUCUUAUUCCAUCAGAAAUAAAAUCUUAUUUUGUGUGA